CUGCCAAACAAGAUGUCCAACAAUCUCCAUAGCACUUGGAAGGCACUUGUACCUACCCUGGUGGAAGCAUUCUUGAAGUAUUCAGCCAGAACACAUGGGCAUCCUCUUCCAGAAGCAUGCCCAGUGAUAUCUGCCUGUGCAAAGCAUAGUUGUGCACUGCAACAAAUUUCGAUAAUUUGCCUUUUAUUU